GGAUUUUAAUCUACAGUACUUAAUCAUAUUUAUACAAAGUUGGUGUAGUAUAUAUCAAGCAGAAUAAACAUCACAAUCUGUCCUAAUUCUUCAGGGAAAGGCUCCUUGGAAUAUAUUUGAUCUUUUCCUACCUGAUGGUUUGAACAAGAUUUGCUUUUUCAUUAUCUAGAGAUGAUUUAAAUUUUCCCUUCCAUGUGUGAAAGCAAUUACUGUAUAUGUUUCAUUUCUUUAAAUUAUCCUUGACUCUUGGAGGAAUGGGCCAUUUUUUAUUGCAUUCUGCUGAUGCAUUUAAAUUUUAGAGAUUUAUAGUUGAAUUUCUUUUCUUUAUUGUUGGCAUGUGAAUUCUAGUUUAAGCUAGUUUUCAUAUAGAACAGGGUCAUGUAUACACAUCAAUUAGAUGCGGAAAAUCUGUGAGAAUUCUUAGUUACAACUUUGAACGACAUCAUGAUACUAGAUAACCAAGGCAAUCAUAAAUAGGAAAUCUAAAUAAUCAGAAUUAGGAGACGAUGGCAUAAGCUAAAUAAACUGAUUCAUUCAUUAACCAAAUUGGGCCUACUUUUGCAGAUCAAAAUAAUAAAUUACCAAAACUACCUGGCAUUUAAUUUCAGAAAAUGUAGUUUUAAUUUUUAGACUAUUUCUAAAACUCAACCAUGCCAAAUAAUAGUAGCAGACCUUGUUUGCACUUCAUUGAUGCUGUCAUUCUCUUUGCGGAAAACUUUUAAUAUUUCUGUUGUGUUUCAUAAAUGGUUUCAGGUGGCUUUGAUUGUUUUUCUUUCAUAUAUUGGAAGUUUAAUACUGGCAGAUGGAUGACCGAUAGAAUAGCUAUGUAAAUUUAUAAAACAUUCAUAAACAUAUUUUCUUGAUGUCAUUUAUUAAUCCAUUAUUUGAUAUAUUCUGGAUAUUUUGUCCAAUAGGAAGCAAGUUUAUGAAUGCAGAACAGUCGGCCUUCAUGAUUGAUCUUUAUCAAGGAGGAUGCUACUUCAGACUGAAUUGUGCACAUCUUGCUGGUACUGUAAAGUGCAUGCUUUGUUGUAUAUCUCAUGGCUUUUUUCCUUCUGGAGCUGGGGAACUCAUCUUCGCCAAGAAUAUAAGUUUUAGGUUACCUAUUACUUAUCAAUUGUCGCCUUACUCUCCUUCCUUUGAUCUACACCACUCUCCCAUGGUUCUUCAUGCAGAUGAAGAACAUUUGAAGAAAACAUUUACUGGACAAGUGACUAGAAGUUUAACGGGUUACGUAGUGUUUGCUCUUAUCGGUUCACAUCAUUAUCCAGUGACGCUAUCUUUCAACACUGGAAGUGAUCUUACUUGGGUUCAAUGCAAGCCUUGUGGACAAUGUUAUCCAAAAUACAACCCAGUGUAUAAUCACACAAUUUCAUCAACUUUUAUGAAUACCAUGUGUGAAGGCCAGUACUGCAAGAUUGAAGCUGAUAGAGUUAUGCGAUCUUGUACUGAUGAUCGAAGAUGCUUGUUUGGGCAUGCUUAUGGAGAUAACAAAAAUGUCAUGGGUUCUUUAGUAUCUGAUUACUUUGAGUUUCAAGAAAUGGCUGGCACCAAGAAAAUAUUCCAUUCUCGUCUCACGUUUGGUUGCGCUCAUUCAACUGUAGGAAAUUUUAACAAAGAAGAAGAUGGUGUUUUAGGUUUAGGACGAGGACCCUUUUCACUGAUUUCCCAACUGGCGAUCUCGGCUUUUUCUCACUGCUUACCACCUCCAGAGAGUUAUAAAACCUCUUAUAUUUCAUUUGGAGAUGCAGCUCAAACUCAAGGCCCGGGUGCAUACUUGAUUCUUAACAAGAGAUAUCCUUCACGCUAUUAUUUGAAACUCCACAGUAUAGCCUUACUUGACCAUCAAAAGAAGAUCACGCUGGAUGGGAUUCCAUCAAAUACAUUUGCCUUUGAUGAUGAUGGUUUUGGAGGUUUUUAUCUUGAUAUGGGUACGCCCUUUAUAAACCUUCCUCAGGUGGCUUAUCAUGAGCUUCGCAAGGUGCUUGAUAGUACACUCUUGGCCUAUAACAUUCGGCCCAUUGGUUCUAGUGAUCCUUCGGGCUCUUGUUUUGAAGCUUCAUUUGAUGAUGUUCAACACAUCAGCCUGGUUUUUACCAUAAGUUUGCAUGAUCUUAUUCUCACCGGAACACAAGUGUUUUAUGAGAAUUUUGAUUCGAAAGGAGUCAUCUGCCUUGGUGUUAUGGAGUCAAAAUCCAAGGAAACCAUUCUAGGAAGUUUUGCUCAAACUUCUCGUAACAUCGGCUAUGAUCUUGAGAAUAUGAUGAUUACCUUUCAAGAUAUGGAAUGUUAGGAUAAAGUGGGAGGGAGACCACUGAAGUGAAGUUUCUACGAAGCAUGAUAUGUAGCUAUAAACAAGCAUGGCACAGGUUGUUAUAUAUAAGAGCUGCCAAGGAGAUGGAUGAUGGAUUAAUUGUCAGUGAGCAAAUGCUGUUUUCUGUUCAGUUUUUGAGAGUUGUGUAGUGGCCGAUUUUGUGGCUGGUUUUUAGAAUAUAGUUUUGUGUCAAAUCAUGUCCAUGUAUUUCUUUUCUUUCUCUCUAUCAGUUAGUGGCUUUUUGUUGUAUUUAAGCUCAAGUUAGAUUAAUGAAUUAUCAUCUUUCCCAGUGGACUA